AUGGGUGAGCCUAGUGGUGGAAGUUCUAAAGUAGGAUGUCCUUAUUUUGGUAUUAAUCCUGAAGAUAAAACACAAAAAUCAUAUGUUCCAACAGUAAAUCUUGAAAACAACCAAUUUAUUUCGAAUCUUAAUUCAAACAUUCCUUCCAAAAGACAAAGACAUGUCACUACUCAAAUUGAGUACCUUGCAGCUAUUGCAGUGAAAUGCCCCUUUAAUAAUUAUCAAUGUGGCGGAAAACCUUGUCAUUUAUCUUUACAAAUAAAACCUGGUGUUGGUAUCAAAUUAUUAAGAACAUUAUUUGGUAAUGAUGAACAUAUCUCUGAUAAAAACGAUGACACUAAUUGCACUACUAUUGUUUCUUCACACAUAUCUCAAGGAAUUCACAACCACCCACUGCCACCACCUAUCAAAGUUCCAUCAUUUAUAAAAGAUAAAUUGAAAGUUUUAAUCCAAGACUUAGAAUCUCAAAUUUAA